AUUUCAUAAAAACUGGUAGAAAUGACUGGCUUUUGUUACAAGGAAAUAAAUGGCGACUUGUUCAGUGCCCGGAAAGACUAUUCUUUGUGUCAUUGCGUGGCAGCUGACAUGAGAAUGGGAAAAGGAAUCGCGGUAAAGUUUCGUAACAAAUUCGGCCAGCUUUUGACUCUGCAAAGACAAAACGUACAGCCAGGAGGCGUAGCCAUUCUACAGGAUCAGCAGCGUUAUGUGUACUAUCUGGUCACCAAGAAAACCAGUUGGGGCAAGCCCACCUAUGAACUCCUCUACAGCUCCUUGAUAGCCAUGCGGCAGCAUAUGAUGUCCCACAAUGUCCCCAAACUGGCCAUGCCGCGAAUAGGCUGCGGUUUGGACGGCCUCAACUGGACGAAAGUAAAAGAAAUGGUCUGCCAAAUAUUCCAGUCAGAUCCGGUGGAAAUAGCUGUUUAUAAUUAUGUUGCAACCCAAAAGUAAAUGUCACAAGCUAACUUAAAACAUGGCAUUAUUUGUUCUGCGGCGGCACAAAGUUGUAGACCACAAUUUCCAGCUGCUCCUGGCCAAACACGUACUCGAGGAUGUUGCUAACUUUUUCCCAUUCCAAGCCGUCGAUUCCACAGCCAAUCCGAGGGAUAGCCAGCUGAUUGAUUCCGUUUUUUCGCUGUUUUAAUUAAAUUGAAGUUAUAUAUUUGUUAAGUUUAUGAAAAAGUGUUAAGUUUAUGAAAAGUGGAUCAUGAAGUAGAUUCUUAAGUUGAAAUAAACAUAAUUUAUAUUACCA